AUGAGGUUUGCAUCGGACGCUCUUUACUUUGCGCUUCAUCCAAAGCAGCUGGGAGUGAAACUACGUCAAAGUCCUGUUCAUAAGAGACACAAAGCCCAAGAGUCAUCGACAGCCAAAAUCUGCUUUGAUUUCUUGGAUCGAACCGGUCGCAGCUUCAGCGCUGUGGUCAAAGAGCUUCAUCCUGAAUUACUACUUCCCGUGUGUGUAUUCUACCUGAUACUUCGCGGGCUCGAUACAAUUGAAGACGACACCUCAAUCCCUCUCGAUAUAAAGGAACCGCUCCUACGAAACUUCAAAGACCACUUGGAUCAUACUGGCUGGACAUUUACCGGCAAUCGUCCCGAAGAAAAGGACCGUGAACUGUUGGUUCACUUUGACAGUGUGAUUGUUGAGUUUAAGAAAUUGAACGAGCCCUACCAAACGAUCAUCAAGGAUGUCACCGAGAAGAUGGGAAACGGCAUGAGCGAUUUCGCGCGAAAGGCUGCGAGAGGUGACAUCAGCGUCGGCACUAUUGAGGAAUACAAUCUCUAUUGCUGGCAUGUAGCCGGGAUCGUUGGCGAAGGUCUGACGCAGCUGUUCCUUCAGGCCGAGUUAGCUGAUCCAAUCCUGAUGAACCACUCCCUGUACAGAUCCAUGGGACUGCUGUUGCAAAAGAACAACAUUAUCCGAGACUUACGUGAAGACUUCGACGACGGCCGUCGAUUCUGGCCAAAAGAAAUCUGGUCUAAGCAUGUUGAUCAAUUUGAAGACCUAUUCGACCCCAAAUACACCGAGAAUGCGCUUAAUUGCAGCUCUGAGAUGAUAUUGAAUGCUCUGGAACAUGUCCGUGAUUGUGUUUCCUAUCUUGCAGGCUUGCACGAGCAAAGCGUGUUCAACUUCUGCGCGAUUCCACAAGCUAUGGCUUUGGCUACUCUUGAGUUGUGUUUUCGGAAUACAGCAAUAUUUCAUCGAAAUGUCAAGAUCACGAAGGGAGAUGCGUUGCAGUUGAUGAUUCAGUCAAGUAAAGACCUUGACAGUGUGAAGAGCAUUUUUUGUCGUUAUGCUCAGCGGAUUCAACAGAAGAGUGACCCUAACGAUCCGAAUUUUCUAUCUAUUCGCCUUGCAUGUGAAGAGGUUAGUGGUUUACGAAUCAGAUUAGGCGGGGUUUGGUCGCUAAUAUGA